UGGAAAUUUAGAAGAAAUUAGUGUGAAUAUCCUCGAGAUUCAUUCAUGAAAAUAUUCAAAACAUUCUUACAGUUAGUGCAAUAAAAUCUGCGCUAAUCAUUGAAGAUUGGCGAAAGAAGAAGAAAAAAAUUUUGAGGAUUAAGGUCACCCCCAACGCUCUCAUAUUCGUAAAGUAAUUACGUAAUAAGUUUUAAUUGAAUUUAACAAUCAGUAUCAGAUAUCUAAAAUGUUGUGAAACAUUGCCAUUUAUAAAAUUUCAUUGAGAAAAGUUGUGUGAAGUGAGGGAGAAUAUUAAAAUUUUUCCUAAAACAGGUCAAAGGGAGUGUUUCGUGUUGUAUAAGUAAAUUAGAAGAAGAAAGAAAAACUGAAAAAGAUGGGUACAGUUUUAAGUUUCAGUCCGAGGGAGCAUCAUCCAAUUUAUUCGACACACCAUCAUCGAGGCAGUGGCACCAUGUCGACAUCAAGUUCUGCUGAUUGUUCUCUCAAUAAUUAUGCUUACGAGCAAAUGAACAAUGUCAAGAAUCGUGAGAAUUCAUCGAAAAGUAAUAUCAUGAACAACAACAACAAUAAUAAUAAUAACGGAAGUAGUUUGGUGCUGUUCGGUUCGACGAAUUCGAAUAUCAUGAAUAACAACUUGACGACCACAAAUGGCACAUCCAUGGAAGAGCGUCAAUCUGAUAGUGCGCGGAUUCUCUCGGAGAAAAAUGCUAUCGAAAAGAAUUUAAAAAAACAUUCUUUGUUCAUCAAUGCACUUUCGUGGAAGCGAUUGUCUUCAUCGCAUGGCAAGAAAAAGUUGGAAAGCUACAACACAAAGAAUAAAGCGGUCAACUUGACGACAUCAUCGUUCCGACCACCUGCACUUACAGACACCGUACAUCCGAUGGUGGUGACAAACGAGAAGAAUAAAAACUAUCAACAGCAACAGAUUCAAUUCGCCAGCAAUAACAAUCUCAAUAACAACUUGAAUAUUAAUCACGUUAAAGAUAAUUUACAUCCGCAAUCGAACAUUUACUUCUCACCAGGCCCCAAGGGUCUUCUCGCACUGGAUCUUCAGAAUUCCAACAAUGCCAAUUUGCAGCAUCAUCAACACGUUGAGAAAUUGGGACCAAAACUUCCCUUACAACUUCCACUUGCAUUACAAUCAAACGCAAUGCAUCAUCACCAUCAACAUCAGCAGCAACAGCAACAAAUUCAUUUUCGUCCGGGACCCAGAAAAACUAUUAUUCAGGCAUCAACAUCUGAAUUACUUAAAUGUUUUGGAAUAUUUUUGAGGGAACGUUGUCAUAAGCUGCGUGAUUUUCAAGCUGGUGAUGCUAUUAUGUGGUUGAGAGCUGUAGAUCGUAGUCUGCUCUUACAAGGAUGGCAGGAUGUUGCAUUCAUCAACCCCGCCAAUGUAGUUUUCUUGUACAUGUUGGUUCGUGAUUUAGUCGACGGCGAAGAGUCGAGUGAGCAGGAAUUGCAAGCGUCUGUGUUGACAUGUUUAUACUUAUCGUACUCGUACAUGGGGAACGAAAUCAGCUACCCAUUGAAGCCAUUCCUUGUCGAAGAAUCGAAAGAUAAAUUUUGGGAUCGUUGUUUGCUUCUCUUGAAUCGUCUGAGUUCAAGCAUGUUAAGAAUCAAUGCCGAACCAGGAUUCUUCACAGAAAUUUUCACCGAAUUGAAAGCCUGCGGCCUCAACAAUGGAAUUUAUCAAAGUCCUUUAAGUCCAUCGACUCAUAAUACAAUCGACAUCAUGAACAAUAACUUUAGCAAUAUGAAUAUCAGCUCACCGACUUCCUACCGACCGAGCUGCUAUGACAACAACAAUCUUAAUCACGAAUCAAAUCUGCCAAUUUCAGGAUAACUAAGUGGAAACUUCACACAGUAUGUCUGAACGCAAAUGUGAAACUUAAAAGAAAAAUAUAAGAAGAGAAAAUUUUAACUAGAUCAAAGGGAUAAUUGAAGCAAUAAAUUUAUUGAAUCAUGAAAAUCCAAAUCAUCAUGGCGAUGAAAACUUAUUGAGAGAUAAACGGAAAACUUUCUGAGUGUUCCACUUGUUGGUUGUUUAAAUACAGGAUUAAGCUUAUCGGUUGUUUUCUGAAGUUUGGAUUAAAAUAUCUAUCGAUUGCUCUUGAAAUAUUCAAAUUAAUUAUUUAAUGAUAACGUUAAUGGCUUUCUCUUCUGAAAAUCAGGGAAAUUUUGUAAGCAAACCAAACUUGAUACAGCUUGAGAAACUUUUCCCCUUACAAAAUCAAAUUAAACAAGUGGAAUGCUUAGAAAGGUUGAAACUACUUAAAGAAUUUGAAUAAACUUACAAAAACGAUAAUUUGUAAAAUUGUUGAAUUGAACUUAAUGAUUAGCUAAUCAUAUUUCAUAAUGAAAAUUGGGGGGAAAGGAGAGGCAAGUUGAGCCUUCCAAACCCUUUUCUGAUGACUCUUUAAAACUAUGAUAGCAUUAAAGAUGUAGUUAUAUUUAGCGAAAAAAAAGAAAGAAAAAUUAUUCAGUGAGAUUGCCACAGUAUUUAGGAAUUUUCCUAUUCGAAUUUUCAAUUUAAUUGCAUAAAUUACAAAUCUUCUCGAUUCGGUGUUUCCUGAACCCAAUCCAACAUUAUUCUUUCUCACUUCUCUUGAUUGCAAACAAGAGCCACAAAUAAAGUUUUCGGUUAAUUGUCAAUGUUGAAUGUCUCUAAAUAUAUUCCCCAACAUCAGGAAUAUUAAUGUCGAGACAACUUUCACUUUGAAAUUGUGAAAAUGUUCAAUUUUAUGGUUUCAUUUACAUUUCUAAGCUUUUAUCAUUAUUCAUGGGUUAAGUUUAUUUAUGUAGGAGAAAUGAGAUGCAUUGACACGUUCAUCGUUCAUACACUUCCACAACCAUCAAUUUUUCUUAUAGAAUUUCGGAUAAAAGAUUUUUCAUUUAAACUUUUAGGGCUUUUCAUGUCUGGUUUUGUUCUUCUUUAAGUUUUUUAGUCAAUUUCGUAAGAUUCUGUGAUAUUAAAAAUUUAUAUUGUUAAAUUACAUCUUAAAAGAUGAUAUAGGAAAGCUAAAGUGAAAGAAUUGUAGACGAAAAAGAAAAACGAUACUAUGGAAAAAGAUUUGAAAGAAAAUUGACGGAAGAUAAGCAACAAAAGUCUUCUCUAAGACAUCUUGGAAAAUAGGAAAAAAAUCUUCUCUGUAAAUAUUUUAUUAUGUACAUUUACGAAUCGUAAGAAAUCUAUCCCAAAUGAUCAACUUUCUUCUUAAUUUAAUUUUUUACUUCCUUUCUUCUGUUCAAAUUUCUCUUUUCUUGUUAAAUUGUAGGUCAAGUUGCAUUCAUUACUGGAUGAACAUUAAAUAUUGUGUUAGUUUUAAAAUGAAGAAAAUGAAAAGAAAAUUGAAUAAAAAUUAUUAAAAAGAAAAUUAAGAAAUUAUUCAUUGCAAUCUUUUGAAUGCUUUCAGAUUUAAGCAUGA